GCGACGACAGCUACGAAGCGUGCGCCGCGUCUCUCGAGUUCGCCUCGUUUCGGAGUUGCGCCGAGAGAGAAGCGUGCGGUAUCUCUCGUACGCACGAAAGCGGACGCGCGCGUACCGAAACUCACCCCUUCGUCCCGGAGGGCGCCACCCUAGCGCGACGUCUCGGCCGAUAUCCGGACGAGAGUGCGCUGGCCACGGGAGUAGCAGCCGCGCGCGACGGAGAAGUGCACGCCCGUUUCGCUCCUCUCGAGAGAAAGAGAGAGUCGGUGUUGCUGUUUUGUGAGCCGCAUCGUCGAUCAUUAUUCGGGUCGCGUCGGUGUACGCUCCGAGGAGCGGCGCGCCGCGGUUUUCCGAGGGGACAACUGCGGGUGAAAGUGUACCCGUGAGUACGAGUGUCAAAGAGAGAGGGAGGGAGAGAGACCUGUCGUGGAACGACGUAUCGCAGUUCCGGUAUCGCCGACUACACCGGUGUGACUCGAGCGAGAGAGUACGCCGACACGCCGCUCGAAUUUCGCGGUCACUCGGAUACAUCGGCUGGCUGGAGCGAGCUUGUUUCCCUACCGAGGGGUGUCGCAGGUGCGAAGGAACUCGGCUCUCGCCACCCGGGGCUGGCUACCGCGGUGGUGGUGUCCUCGCACUCCUGCGCAACGCCGGAGCACCGGGUGUCCUGGGGAGGAGCCGUUCUCUCUCCGUGCGCGGCGCAUUAGCACCUGGCCCUCGCUUGGCGUCAGCACUGAUGCUCUAGUAAAGGUACCGGCGUACCGAGAGCGCGAGAGAGCGGGCGAGUAGCACAAGCAGAGCAGGAUGUGGCGAACACGGGUCGUCGUCUUCCUACUGGCAGUCACUUCCGUCGUCUACGCCAAGGUGGCCGUGCUGCCGCACGAUGUCCAUCCCGGUUACGAGGUGACGCAAUUCCGGGGCGACGCGAGGCGCGCCUCCAACUUUCGCCUGCUGGAGACCGGCUUCUCCAAGUACUUCACCGUGUUGGGCAACGGUCUGGUGAUGACGACAUCGGACCUGACGCCGCUGGUGGAUCGACCGGUGAACCUGGUCGUCUUGGAGGAGCUGGCCAACGGCACCGAGACCCACGACCUUCAUCUCUACGUCAUCAAUCGCCGGAAUAUGCUCACCUUCUCGCACGACCGUCUAGGCGAAGGCGAAGUGCCGGAAAACUCGCCGGCUGGAACUUGGAUAGAUGGUUUCCCAGUUCUACGAGCGCGUGGCAGUUUCCCGGUGCACUACAAGAUCUUACCGGACGACAGCGGGGAACGUCCUUUCGCUCUUCGGGAGAACGAGUCCAACGAUACCGGCUUCAAUCUUACACUGAAGAGCCAAAAGCAAGGCGUCAGAGUGGUGAGUGCUAAACCGUUGGAUCGUGAGGUCCGUGGGAUCUACACCGUCGUGAUACACGCGUCCGACGGCAACUUCAUCAGCACGUCGAAGAUCAGUGGCGUCGUUCACGUGCUCGACCAGAACGACAACAGCCCAAUCUUCGAGCGCGAGCUCUACAUCUUCGAGAUAAGACCGACGAAUUUGGACACUCUGCGCAAAGGCAACGCAGCGUUACCCGGCUGGAAGAGGUUCUCCACCGUGGGCAAGGUCACGGCUAAGGACGCGGACGGGGACAAGGUCGCGUAUAAAUUGGUCACGCCUAGCAGCCUGCUGAUCGUCGUGCCUCAGACCGGCGAGCUACUGUUGGCCGGCGAGCCGGAAAUCAACGCGGAACAAGACAGCGAGUGCGAGCUGGUUGUCGAAGCGCACGACCUACGCACGCCGAGUCGCAGCACUGAAAAACCGGCCAAGGUGAUCGUGAGAUUCCUCACCUCGGAACCGGAGGACCAGCCGGAAGUGCACCGGAUACAAAAGCGAAGAGUCACUAGAGCGGUGCGACCUACGAAGAAGGUCGAUUUCACGGAGGCGGACGGAAAUAUCGAGGGUAAGAUCGCGUUUUACCUCGAGAAGGAGAACGAGAAGGAAACAUACAAGAUAAGGGACGAAAACAAGUGGGUCACCGUCGGCGCCAACGGGUCUGUCAUGGUCAAGCAGAAGUGGGACUACGAGGAACUGGGUCCCGAAAAAACUAUCGAUUUUUGGGUUACCAUCACGAAUACAGAUCCGUGCGCGCGAUAUCCACCCGGUUUCAAGUGCCCGUUUUACUAUGACGAUACCGACAAUCAGCGCGUCAUCAUCAACAUGAAGGAUGUGAACGACGAGCCUCCGUAUUUCAUUAACCGGCCUCUACCGAUGCAAACGGUCGUUCAGCUGAACGCACCGCCGAACACUCACGUGUUCACCCUUCAGGCAAGGGAUCCUGACACCGACCACAACAUCCAUUACUUCAUCGUGCGAGAUCGAACUGGCGGCCGCUUUGAGGUCGACGAGAGAUCGGGGGUGGUACGUACUCGAGGUACCGACCUCUUUCAGUUGGAUAUGGAGUACGUCCUUUACGUGAAAGCUGAGGAUCAGAACGGCCGUAUCGACGAGAGGCGUUUCCAGUCGACUCCUGAGGAGAGACUAUCGAUCGUCGGUGGAAAACGCGCACCGCAGUUCUAUAUGACGGCGUACGAGGCCGAGAUACCGGAAAACCAGAAGAAAGACUCCGACAUAAUAUCGGUGAAAGCCAAGUCGUUUGCCGAUCGGGAGAUACGCUAUACGCUGAAAGCGCAAGGUCAAGGAGCCGCAGGAACAUUCAACAUCGGGCCGACUUCUGGAAUCGUGAAACUUGCGAAAGAACUGGAUUUUGAGGAUCUAAGGCAACCCCACAUUUAUUCUCUGAUAGUGACAGCGACGGAGGACUCCGGUGGUUUCUCGACGUCGGUCGAGCUAACAAUCCGAGUAUCCGACGUGAACGAUAAUGCGCCCAAGUUCGAGCUGCCGGAUUAUCAAGCUCACAACGUCGACGAGGAUGUCUCUCUGGGGACGAAUAUAUUGAGAGUCAAGGCAACCGACGCUGAUUCGGGGGUGAACGCGGAAAUAGAAUAUCUAGUGUCCGACGAUCACUUUAGCGUAGACUCCAACGGUAUUAUUGUCAAUAACAAGCAACUCGAUGCGGACAACAAUAAUGCAUACUACGAAUUCAUCGUCACUGCUAAGGACAAGGGCGAGCCGUCGAAAACCGGCACGGCGACGGUGCGGAUAUACACAAAAAAUAAAAACGACGAGGAGCCGAAAUUCUCGCAGCAGGUUUACACGCCCAAUGUCGACGAGAACGCCGGACCGAACACUUUGGUCACCACAGUGGUCGCCUCCGAUAAGGACGGCGACAACGUGCGGUUCCGCUUCGUCGGCGGCAACACCACAUCCGGACAGUUCGUAAUCGAGGAAAUCACCGGUGUGAUCCGUCUCCAUGGCAAGGAGAUCUCUUUGGAUCGCGACAAGUACGAGCUGAACGUCACCGCCUUGGAUGACGGCGCGUGCUGCCCGAAUGGCGACACCACCAUUCACACCAGCACCGCAGUCGUCGUGGUGUUCAUCACCGACGUGAACGAUAACAAACCGGUCUUCAAGGAUUGCGGAAUGUAUUACCCGAAAGUGGAGGAAGGUGCGCCGAAUGGCAGCACGGUCAUCAAAGUGCAGGCCACGGACGAGGACAAGGGUGUUAAUGGACAAGUCAAGUAUUCGAUCGUGCAACAACCCAAUCAAAAGGGCACCAAGUUCACCGUUGACGAGGAGACCGGUCAGGUCUUGACUAACAAGGUGUUCGAUCGCGAAGGCGACGAUGGAAAAUUCGUAUCUGUCACUGUCAAGGCGACGGAUCAGGGUGAACCCUCGCUGGAAGGUGUUUGCUCGUUUACCGUCGAAAUAACCGACGUGAACGACAAUCCGCCGUUGUUCGACCGUCAGAGAUACGUGGAGAACGUGAAGCAGGACGCGAGCAUCGGCACGAACAUUCUGAGAGUGUCGGCAUCCGACGAGGAUGCUGACAACAAUGGCGCGAUCACGUACACGCUGAGCUCGCCGAACAAUGACCAGGGUCUGGAGUACUUUGAGAUUCAACCAGAGUCUGGUUGGAUCGUGUUAAAGAAACCUCUAGACCGCGAGACGUACAAGCUGGAAGCGAUGGCCCAAGACAAGGGCUUCCCGCCCUUGUCGCGAACGGUGGAGGUUCAGAUUGACGUUGUGGACCGUGCGAAUAAUCCGCCCGUAUGGGACCACGUAGUGUAUGGCCCGAUCUACAUUAAAGAGAACAUGGCCGUCGGGGCUAAAGUUGUGUCUGUUAAAGCCAGGUCUGUCACACUGUCAAUGCUCCGUGCGGCUCUGCACGAACCCGCCCUGCACGCAAUCUCGUGGCAGUAUUGUUCUUGUGCACGUUAAUUGAUAUUGUGUACGAAUCCACAUUACACGCAUCUAAAUACACUCAGACACUCAGCCACACGGACACACAUACACACACACAGCAUAUACCACCACUCGCAGAGGCGACGCGCGCGUGUGCGCGCGCGUCCGCUCGCUCGCUCGCUCGCUCACAUUUACACGCGCAGGCACACUUAUUGCGUACGCAUAUAGGAUCGGUCGCGGGAAAUAUGAUCGAAAUAUGUAGGCAUACAUGGGGUACAUCUGCACGUGAUGGGGUACUGGGGAACCUUUGGCGUAGGACGUGGACAUUGGAGC